AUGGCCAACCUGGCGUCGACAUAUAGGAACCAAGGCCAAUGGAAGGAGGCUGAGGAGUUGGAGGUGCGGGUGAUGGAGACGACGAAAGUGCUUGGAGAGAAACAUCCCGCCACACUGACGAUUAGGGCCAAUCUGGCAUCGACAUUAAUAAACCAAGGUCGAUUGGAAGAGGCAGAGGACAUCUUUGUGCAGGUGAUGAAGUCGAGUCUGAAGGUGCACGGAAAGGAGCAUCAAGACACACUCAUGAUCGAAAACAACCUAGCAACAAUUUACAUAAAGCAAAAUCGACAUCAGGAGGCGGAGAAGCUACUCUUAUCGGUAAAGGAAACGAAUAUAAAGCUGUUGGGGGAGAGGCAUCCUGAUACGUUAACGACCAUAAGUAACCUAGCCACAGGGUAUAUGAACCAGAAGCGAUGGAAAGAAGCCGAGGAGCUGCAGCUAUCAUUAACGAAGAGCUUUCAGACUGUGCUUGGAGAAAGGCAUCCCAACACACUAAGCAGCAUGACCAAUCUAGCAUCGACAUAUAUAAACCAAGGCCGUUAUAAGGAUGCCGAGAAGCUGAGCGUAGAAGUAAUUGAGACGAUGAAAAUAGUGCUUGGAGAAGAGCAUCCUGACACGUUACAAAGCAUAAGUAACCUCGCGUCGAUGUUUGGGAAGCAAGAGCGAUGGAAAGAAGCUGAGAAACUAGAGGUACAGGUGAUGGAGACAAGGGAAAGGGUACUUGGAGAGGGGCAUCCUGACACACUUACUAGCAUGGCCAACCUGGCGUUGACGUUCAAGAACCAAGGCCGAUUGAAACAAACUUCAGAUCUGAUGAAAGAGUGGAGACGGCGCUGGGAGACGAACAACUGUAUUGAUGUUUGA